AUGUUGCGUGAAGUCAAGCCCAAGAACCCCCGCACCGCGCGCAUCCUCAAGGCGCGUGAGCCCCAACUCAUUGAGGGCCCGAAGCGCACUCUUAUCCUGCACGGCACCAAAUGCCCGCAGGCGCUCGACACUGUCCUGAAGACCUUUCACUCAUUGACGAAGCCCAACUCCGUCCUGUUCCACAAGAAAAAUGAGAAUCUCCACCCGUUCGAGAACGUCGAGAGCAUCGAGUUUCUGGCCAACAAGAACGAGUGCGGUCUGGUCGUGUUCGGCAGCAGCAGCAAGAAGCGCCCCAACGCCGUGGUUCUUACCCGAAUUUUCAACUCCCAAAUGCUCGACAUGUGUGAACUUCUUCUUUUGCCCGGCACCGACGGCGCCAUUCCUCCCAUCAACGAGCUAGUCAUGCACGUUGGUCUCGGUUUGCGUCCCAUGAUGCUCUUCGCCGGUAGCCCAUGGGAGGACCCGUCCUCUUCGUCGCACGUCAUGCUCAAGAGCUUCUUCCUCGACAUGUUCAAGGGCGAAGAGACAGACAAGAUUGACGUUGAGGGUCUUCAGUACAUUCUUAUGGUCGGUGCCGAGGAGCCCCGCGAAGAGCUCAGCCCUAUCGUUCACCUCCGGUGGUACAAGGUUGUUACCAAGCGCAGUGGCCACAAGCUUCCGCGCAUUGAGCUGGAGGAGAUUGGCCCCAAGUUCGAUUUCAAGAUUGGUCGUAUGCGUCCUGCGUCGCCGGAGGCCAUGAAGGAGGCCAUGAAGCAGGGCAAGCGCCCCAACGUGGAGAUCAAGAUGAAGAAGAAUAUCACCAUGGACAAUAUGGGUGACAAGCUCGGUCGCGUUCACCUCGGCAAGCAGGAUCUCAAGGGUAUGCAGACCCGUAAGAUGAAGGGUCUGAAGCGUCGGGCCGGCGAGAGAGUCUGA